GUGGUCGUGCAAUUGGAUUUGGCAUUCUUAGGUCUACCGCUCUCGCCAUUUUCGUCCACCUUUUUCUCAGUGGCAAAACUAGACCUGGAAAAUUCCCUUCUCUACUCUUCCCAAUAGAAAUUAAAAACAUCCAGAGAGCCAAGCAUGGGAGUGACUCUGGUACAUAUGACACAGAAGGAAG